AUGAUCCCAGCGUUGAUCAUAGGCGCUCUCGCCUCAGCGACUCAGGCGAUUCUCGUCAACGGGCCAACUGGGCCUUACGCGGUUUCCAUGUCAGUGGAAGCCCUGACCGAUGAGAGCAGGCUCGACCCUUAUGCUCCAGUCAACAACACGCACUUACGACGAGUUAUGACUUCGACUUUUAUGCCCGUUGAGAAGACCAAAAACUCCUGUGAGGGUAUGGAAAGAGUGCCAUACAUGACGCCCCUCGUGGCCGCGGCCUACGACCAGCUGGGCGUCGCUGUCGGCCUACCCAACGGCACCUUCUCUUCAUUCGAGAUGGAGUUCUGCCAGCCUAAAACUCGUUCAUGCAGGCGUCCUCGCUCGAACUUUCCGCUGGUGCUGUUCUCCCCUGGCUGGGGCAACCCACGCCUCCUCUACGGCGCUAUGGCUCGCGAGGUGGCUAGCCAUGGCUUCGCUGUCGUUACGAUCGACCACCCGUAUGAUCCUUCUUUUGUUGAGUUUCCUGAUGGAACCGUUUAUCAGGCAGUCAAUCUUGAUACCGACAAUACUACACAGUUGGAAUCUCUCACCCAGAAUCCUAUCAAUAGCGUCAACCUCAAACACACGAUUAUGUUUGGCCAUUCUUUGGGAGGUGCCACGGCGGCGGCUGCAAUGUUGCAAGAUUCGCGCAUCCUAGGCGGUAUCAAUUUGGACGGCAAGCUCCUCGAUCCCGUACUCAACGCAGGUCUCGAUCGACCAUUCACUCUCGUUGGCCGACCGGGGCACUCGGCCGAUGAUCCGACCUGGGCCGUCUUCUUCGCCGCUCUGCGAGGCGCGAAAGCUCUGCUGACCGUCAAUAACACUACGCACGGGGCGUUCACGGAUUUCCCCAACCUCAUUUCUUCACUGAACCUUACAUUGCCCGAGGCAGCGCGCUCUUUGUUGGAGAGCGAGCUUGGGAGCCUGGAGUUUGGCAGGAUUGGAAAGGUCGUUGCUGGAAUUGUUGGGGCUUUUGCUGAUUUGGUGUUACACAAGCGGGUCAAGUCGGUCUUCACUAGCGCGGGUGAUCCUGCUUUCCCAGAGGUUGUGGGAACCAGCAUCGACAUCUGA